UGUGUUUCCUAAAGGAUCCAGCUGAGAAGCCUAUCUUUUCUCACUUCUCAAUUGUUGCUCCUCUAAGAAGAGCUUCAUUCAAAAAAACAAUGGAGAAAAUUGCCUCUUCAAUGGCUGAUCUUUUCUUAUUUGCAGCACUAAUGGCUACCUUUUUUUCAUCCUCACAUGCUCAACUUAUCAAAGGUUCAUUUGAAAACACCUUCACUAAAAGCUGUCCUGGUACACAUUUCAAGACUUCUCAAGAUGGACAGAUCUGGUAUCUCACCUUAGACCAAGUAUCAGAUUGUGGGUUUAUUACUAAGCAGAGCUAUAGAUUUGGUUGGUUUAGCACAAAGUUGAAAUUAGUAGGAGGUGACUCUGCUGGUGUUGUGACAGCUUUUUAUAUGUGCUCGGAAGUAGAGGCAGGGCCAUUGAGAGAUGAGAUAGAUUUUGAGUUCUUGGGAAACAGAACAGGACAACCUUAUCUUAUUCAAACCAAUGUGUACAAUAAUGGCAGUGGUGGACGUGAGAUGAGGCAUCUUCUCUGGUUUGAUCCUACUCAGGACUUUCAUACCUAUUCCAUUCUUUGGAACUCUCAUCAAAUUGUGUUUUUUGUUGAUAACGUUCCAAUAAGGGUAUACAAGAACGCGAAUCACACGAACAAUUUUUUCCCAGCUGAGAGGCCAAUGUACGUGUUUUCUAGCAUAUGGAAUGCAGAUAAUUGGGCUACUAGAGGAGGGUUGGACAAGAUAAACUGGACAAGUGCACCAUUUGUAGCAAGUUAUAAGGAUUUUACUUUAGAUGCUUGUCAAUGGAAAGAUCCUUUUCCUGCUUGUGUUUCCACCACUACACAGCACUGGUGGGAUCAGUAUAAUGCUUGGCACCUAUCAAGUAAACAGAAGAUUGAUUAUGCUUGGGUGCAGAGAAACUUUGUAGUUUAUGAUUAUUGCCAGGAUAGUGUAAGAAACCGUUAUAAGCCUCAAGAGUGUUGGUUAAGUCCAUUGGACUAAUAUUAAAGAUAGAUAAGAUUCUUUUGAGAGAGGAAAAUUAUUGUAUUGUAAUCUUGAUUUUGAGUGUAUAUAUUGGACUCUCUCCUACUAAUAUGGGAUUGAGCCAUAAUAGAUCGAUUGAUCAAUCAAUAUUGAUAUAUUGUACUUCAUCUAUUCAAAAAAAGAAUGACAGUACUACUCUUGGAAA